CGGGGCUACGAACAAGUUGCUCCUCAUUUGGGCUCCUGUUGUAAUAUUUCGUGCGCUGCCGACACGUUUCCCGCGUCUGUAAUACAUCUCACUACAUCCAGACUUGUUUUGUGUGUCUUGUUGUAUUAUAGUAUACAGCAGCUAUACGAAUAAUUGUGCACCAUAGAAUAAACAGCUGAAGACUGGCUCCUACAGGAUCUACUCCAUCACUCAAUCAAGAUGAGCAGGAAUGUCUAUUAUUGGUGGACGGCGCUGGUUGCCAUUUUGGCGACUGUCGGCCCGCCGCUGUUGUGCGACGGCCUCAAAGUGACGGGAUUCCGGGUGCCCAGUCUGGCCCUGUACGGCUCCGACGUCGAGCUGGACUGCGCCUUCAGCGCCGCUCGCAAUGCCAAACUCUACUCGGUCAAGUGGUACCAGAAUCACGAGGAAUUCUACCGAUACAUGUUCGCAGAGCGGACGCCCGUCACGGCCUUCACCCGGCCCGGAAUCAACGUCGAUUUGGCGCGAUCGAACAAUAGUCGAGUGACGCUGAAAUCUGUCAACUUCAACUCGUCGGCCACUUUUCGGUGCGAGGUAUCGGCGGACGAGCCCGACUUCGAGACCGUUUAUCGUCGAGCCAACAUGACUGUCAUCCAGGUUUCCGAAGACGGUCCGCUCAUCAACGGCCUGCGGGAUCAAUACGAACUGAACGAGCAACUCAACGUUAAUUGCACGUCGCCGUCCAUCACGCCCAGCAUCGGCAGCCACCAGACCAAACUCUCCUGGCAGCUCAAUCGUCAAACCGUGGAGGGACAGACGGUGCAGAUGCAAUCGUCCGAUCCGUCGCAGACUGUCAUCAACUUGCGUUUGAUCCUGACGGAUCGCCACUUUGACGCCAAGACGGGCCUGCUCCGCCUCAACUGCUCACUGGCCGUCGGCCGGCCCAGCAGCGCCGUUUACUUCAAUCGCAGCCUGGAACUCAGCGCCGCCCUGAUGCACCCGACCACCGUCCUCGAUCCUCGACCAACUCAACGCUCCUCAAAGAGCGGCAAAGACUCCCGUUCCGCCUCCUACUCUUCCGGUGGCCGGCGACAGUUUCGACUUUCACUCGUCACAUUCCUGGCCGUCAUUCCCUACGCCCUUUGGACGUGGUGCUGCUGCUGAUGGAAUUUCCCCAACAACUGUGUCGUUCCUUCUUCUUCUGCUCUCUAUUACGUGUGUGUCAAAACAUAUUUGAUAUAUUUAAAAACUAUACAAACAAUCCCUAUAAACACUCAACUGGCCACUCAUCUAUGAAAUACCACAUGCUUCGUCCAUCUCCUUUCAUCGUCAUUGGUUAUGUAACUAUAUAAUGAUACAAUCUGGUUUCAGUUGAGUCCCCCCAAUGUCAAAAUAGCUUAUUCCCAUUUAUCUUUGAUUGAUUGUAUAAAAAUUCUAUAUCAAAAUUGAGAUCUCUCCCCAUCACAUCUCCUAUUUCAUCGUGUGUGUGUUUUCUUUGAUAUAUUUGCAAAAUAGCGUUCCAUAUGUGAAGUAUUAUAAAGAAACAAAUUCAUUGAAAAACAUGAAGGAGGACCACAAUAAACCGUGGGAAGAAUUAUACAUAACCGGGGACAACACAAUUCGUCGUUUCACAACCCCCUCACCCCACCCCGCGAAAAAGGCCAAAAUGUCGCUGCUAUUACUGUGUGUGAAUGCGCGUGUGAUCCCAUCCCAAAUGGAUUGAACUAAUCAUCAUCGUGCUUAUUCUUUCAACUCUUUUAAACAUAUAGAGAAAUCAAUUCUUUCGUCCAUCACGACAAGAGCUACAAUGGGAUGAAAGAAGGUGUGACAAGUGCUGCAUAUUAGGAGCGUGUAUAAUGAUUAACACUUUUGCAUGUGUUGUGUAUAAAUGAUGAUCCAAUACAUAUUUGACGGUGCUGUAUAACAAAUCAAUUUUCCCCCUCAUCCAGCAGCCACAUAAUAAUAGCCCAACC